AAAACUAACCUUACCAAUGUCUGUUUACGUUAACGAAAAAACAGGAAAAGACGCCGUUGAAAUAACAGGCUCGGAAGAUCAGCCUUUUCAAACUCCAGCAUUUGCCCUCUUUGUGAAGCCAGAAGCAAAGGUGUUUGUGCACAAACAGGUUGAAGAGUCAGACGAGUUCGCGUACUCAGAGAUAUCUGCUUCUGCUUUAAAGAAGGCUAAAAAAGGAGCCGAAGGUUUGAAGAAGAAACAAGAAAAGCAGUUGAAGGCACAAGAAGAACAGAAGGCUAAAACUGAUGAACAAGCCAAGAAAUUGGCUGAAGUGGAGUUGAUUACCAUUGAAGAAGAUGAAUCCUUACCUACUGCCAAAAAGAUCAAACUUAGACACAUACAAGAAAACAUCAACGCUAGAGUUUCUAUUCAAGGUUGGGUACACCGUUUGAGACUUCAAAAGGGCUUUGCUUUUGUCACCUUGAGAGAUGGUACUGGAUUCAUUCAAUGUGUUUUAACCGGUGAUUUAGCCAAAGCCAAGGUGACAAAGGAAUUAACCUUGGAAUCCACCCUCACCAUCAAGGGUGUGGUCAAGAAGUUACCAGAAGGUAAGUCUGCUCCUGGAGGUGUUGAAUUGCAAACCGAUUACUACGAAGUGAUUGGUUUAGCACCAGCUGGAGACGAUGCGUUCUUGAACAAGGUUCAAGAAAAUGCCGACCCUUCCUUGUUGUUGGACCAACGUCAUUUGACCUUGAGAGGUGAAACUCUUUCUGCCGUUAUGAAGGUCAGGGCCGUGUUGUUGACUGCAUUCAGAAGGUUCUUCGCUGAAGAAGGUUUGACUGAAGUCACUCCUCCAUGUAUGGUGCAAAACCAGGUUGAAGGAGGUUCUACUUUAUUCAAAAUGGGCUACUACGGCGAAGAAGCUUACUUGACCCAGUCAUCUCAGUUGUACUUGGAGACUUGUUUGGCCGCUUUAGGAGACGUUUAUUGUGUUCAAGAAUCGUUCAGAGCUGAAAAGUCUCACACCAGGAGACAUUUGAGUGAAUAUACCCAUGUCGAAUCCGAAUUGGCAUUCAUAGACUUCGACGACUUAUUAUCACACUUGGAGCGUCUUUUGACCAAGUCGGUACAAUAUGUGCUUGAAGAUCCAGUUGCAGGUCCCUUGAUCAAGCAAUUGAACCCUAACUUUGUUCCUCCAACAAUGCCAUUCAAGAGAAUGGAAUACAUUCACGCUUUGGACUGGUUGAACGAGCACAACAUUCCUAACGAAGAAGGCGAACCGUUCAAGUUCGGGGAUGACAUUGCUGAGGCCGCAGAACGUAAGAUGACUGACACCCUUGGUGUCCCAAUCUUGUUGACCCGUUUCCCAGCUGAAAUUAAAUCCUUCUACAUGCAAAGAUGUAAAGACGACCCCAGAGUCACCGAGUCGGUCGAUGUGUUGAUGCCAAACGUCGGUGAAAUCACCGGGGGUUCCAUGAGAAUCUAUGACUACGAUGAGUUGAUGGCUGCGUUGGAAAGAGAAAAUCUCGAUAAAGAUUCCUACUACUGGUUCACUGAUCAAAGAAAGUAUGGUACUUGCCCUCACGGUGGAUACGGGUUGGGAACCGAAAGAAUCUUAGCAUGGUUGUGUGACAGAUUCACAGUCAGAGAUUGUUCCUUAUACCCAAGAUUCACAGGAAGAUGUAAGCCAUAAUUUAUAGUAUGUGAUUUAAUAGAUGUAUAUCCAAACCUGUAUGAGUCACGACCCAAUUGGGUAAUGAAAAAUUUGGCCAAGCGCGGUGUUGAAUCAUCGGGUUAUCU